AGGAAAACAGAACAGUUACAAAAAAGGAAACAGAAGCAUGAAGAUUUCUCUACAUUGUUUGGUUUCUCUUUUCUCAAUAAUUCUUUUGUCAGGAUUCGCCUCAUCUCUCCACAUCUCUUUUGAUGAGUUUAAAUCACACCCAGCCACAAGCCGAGCUCUUCUUCGGGAAAAGAAACCAUGCAAAGAAGAUUUUGCGAGCAAGGAUUACACAGUCCUAACUAGUAGAUGCAAAGGACCAAAGUAUCAAGCCAAGGCAUGUUGUUCGGCCUUCAAGGACUUUGCAUGCCCAUACGCGGAAGCUAUUACCGAUCAAACAACACUAUGUGCCGACGAUAUGUUCUGCUACCUCGAAAUCUAUGGUCGUUAUCCUCUGGGCCUAUUCGCAAAACUGUGUAAAGAAGGCAAAAAAGGGCUUGAUUGCACCAACGUCAAAGCCAACUCAACGUCUUCUCGUGGAUAACUCCCACUUGUUUCCACGCACGCAUUGCUUUUCACCGUUUUCUUUUUUUGCCUUUUCUAAAGACAUAUAUAAAUGUUACCAGAGGCGGACCUAUCAAAAAGUUUCACUGAGGUCAUCACAAUGUAAAUAAAGUGUUAUUUAAAUGUAAAAAGAGUAAAUAUAUGGAUAAUUGUGGAGC